AGUAUAAAGCUGGAUGCGGGAGCUGGGCUGCCCAGCUCAGACGCUUCGCCGUCCUGGGAGGAGAAGGGAAGGAGGAGCACAAGCAGGAAAAACAACAAGCGCCAAACAGAAAAACUCCGUGGAGAAAACAUGGAAACUUCCCAGAAACACGGCUCUGAAAGCAUGUCUCAGGACCUGUCGGAGCUCCUGAAGGAAGCCACCAAGGAGGUGCACGAGCAGGCGGAGAACACACCCUUCAUGAAGAACUUCCAGAAGGGGCAGGUGUCCCUCCACGAGUUUAAGCUCGUUACAGCAUCCUUGUACUUCAUCUACUCUGCUCUGGAGGAAGAGAUUGAACGUAACAAGGACAACCCAGUUUAUGCCCCUGUUUAUUUUCCGGCGGAGCUGCACCGGAAAGCUGCCCUGGAGGAAGACUUGAAGUACUUCUACGGCAGAAACUGGAGGGAAGAGAUCCCAUGUCCUGAGGCUACUCAGAAAUACGUUGAAAGGCUCCACUACGUCGGCAGGAACCACCCAGAGCUCCUGGUGGCCCAUGCCUACACUCGCUAUCUGGGAGACCUGUCUGGGGGGCAGGUGUUGAAGAAAAUCGCCCAAAAGGCUCUCCAGCUGCCCAGCACUGGGGAAGGGCUGGCUUUCUUCACCUUCGACGGAGUCUCCAACGCCACCAAGUUCAAACAGCUCUAUCGGUCCCGCAUGAAUGCCCUUGAGAUGGACCUUGCUACUAAGAAACGAGUCUUGGAGGAGGCCAAGAAAGCAUUCCUGUUAAAUAUACAGGUGUUUGAGGCGCUGCAGGAGCUGGUGUCAAAGAGCCAGGAGAACGGUCACCUUGUGCAGCCAAAGGCAGAUCUUCGUGCUAGGAGCGUUAACAAAUCAUAUGAGCACGGUCCAGCGCCUGGGAAAGAAAGCGAGAGGACAAGCAGGAGUCAGACAGACCUGGUGGGCACCUCUCCCCUCGUGCGGUGGAUCCUCGCACUCGGCUUCAUAGUCACGACAGUCGCCGUGGGCUUGUUUGCUAUGUGAACAAGCAGGACCUUCACCUUCUCUUCGUGCCUUCCCUCACCCUGAACUAAUCCAUCUUCCCCAGUCCCUUGAGAGAAAUUCCCCUCGACUGGGUACUGUGAUCUUGGCUCUGCCACUAAUAUUUGGAGACCUUUCUCCACAGAAAGCAGAGAGUGCUGCACGGGGGUUCAGGCAAAGUCUUUCCUGUGCUUGGUGUGAGCUCUCCUUGGAGACUAUAUCACCAGAACCAAGGGCAGGAAAGGUCUAAAAACAAUGGCCAAGAAUUGUGGUUGCUUUACAGCGUAUCUGCAAAAAUCCUACAGGAUCGGGAUCAGAAAUGUAGCUUUGACACCUGUCUUGCCUCAGAAAUAAGCAGUUCCCCGGAGCUCUGUUUGCUCAAUAUUUCAUACUGCUAGAUAAUACUGUGAUCACUGUUUCUGCGGAGCCGCGCAGCUCCCGUGGGUUAUAGACUGUUUUAUAUGACACUAUCAGGUCUUUGUUAAAUCUUUUUCCAAUCAUUUUUUUUCCCUUUUUUUUUCUUUUUUUU